CUAAUAUUAGUGAAGCGCCUGCUGCUGUGCAAUUUUGAGAUCGUACUCACACCGCAAAGCCUGGUACCGGAGUAGCAAUUGCCAGCCAGGGUUGCCUAGGAGAGCAUCAUAGUGUUCAAAGAAAUUAUAACACUGAUUGAUGGAUCCUCAAGUACUACUUGCUGCAGCAGCAGGUGCGGCAGGUGCAUCAGCAUUUUUUCUAGCUUCGUCAGGAUCGCGUUUGGCCAGAUGGCUGCCACUUCCUAGGCUCGGAGGGAAGCCCAAGGGCCUUGUGGAUGUCAGGCAGGUAAAGAAUCCCCACCCAGAUUGGCAGCCAGGCCAGAAGCUGCCGCACCCGUUCGAGAACAGGGAGCGGAUUGAGCUCGAUCCAGCUCAACUGGGUGCUGGACUGUAUCCAUUUGUCAUCAGUGCAGUCGUGCCCCGACCAAUCGCCUUCAUCUCCUCGCUCAGCAAAGAGGGCGUGGGCAAUCUAUCACCCUACUCUUACUUUGGAGUCAUGUCUCACGAUCCCCCCUAUGUCACAAUUGGCACAUGCGCCACCGGCGGCCGUCCAAAUGGCAUGAAGGACUCUCAGCAAAACAUCCUGGAGACAGGGGAAUUCACGCUAAACAUGAUGAGCGAAUGGUUUCUGGAGGCUGCGAAUCACACCUGCGGCAACUAUGACAGGGGUGUCAAUGAAAUAGAAUUGGCUGGCCUCACGCCGACGCCAUCUGUGCGGGUGAAGCCGCCGCGGAUAGAGGAAGCAGCAGUACAGCUGGAGUGCAAGCUGCGACACAGCUAUCCUGUGAAGAAUAGCAAAGGAGAGGUGACAGCGACUAUCAUCAUUGGGGAGGUCGUGCUGGUCCACGUGCUGGAGGCAGUCACAGGCAAGACAGGCCAUGGCCACGUCUUCGUGGAGUUUGACAAAUAUGCUCCAGUCAGCCGCUUGGGAGGGAACACUUACGCGCGCAUCACAGAGACUUAUGACCUGCCGCGGCCGGGGAAGGAAUGGCAGCAGCGCGAUGCCAUGGUCUCCAAAGCAAAGAAUUGAUGUAAUCUUCAAACUGCAGUGUAGAUGUUUUGAGGCGCCUGCUGUACUUUUGUAAUGGUUCUCAGGUGUUUAGUUGUAGUAUGGUGUACUGAUUAGACUGUGACCAUGACUUGCAAGGCUCAGCUGUGGCCUCCUUGAGACGUCCCAUCACAUGUGUACAGUCAGAAAUUCAUAGUGAUAGUUGUGCGGUCCUCUUGGGUUCAUAAUUGGGGUUGGGCCGCCUUGAUUCUGACAUCCAAUAAUUAUGCUGUGCUCAGACUACACCGCUGAAGCUGGACAUGUACAUUGUGACUUUACUUAUUAGACAAACACGUUUGCUGUCACUGGUUGACUCAAAGAUCGGAUUCGCGUGCACCUGCCAUUUGUGCUAAUUAUAAUCAUGAUCAGCGCUUGUC